AUGGAUCCUUUUUCACCACACAACAAUGCUAUGAAAGCUUGUCAAGACUUGUUGAAUCAAGAUGAACACAUUAGGAAUAUUAUUCAAGCUCAAAGUUUAAUUGACAUUAAGAAGAAUCGACUACGUCUCAAGACUUCAAUUGACUCAGUUCGUUGGUUAACUUUUCAAGCUUGUGCUUUUAGAGGUCAUGAUGAAAAAAAUGCUCCAUCUAAUAGCAAGUACACUUCACAUCACAUUCAAAAAGAGAUCUUGCAUAUUCUCUCAAGUAGGGUAAAAAAGCAUAUACGUGAAGAGAUUGGUGAUUCCAAAUUCUGUAUUCUUAGGUUUUUUGGUCUUGCACGUGUUCAUGACACUACAUCUUUAACUCUUAAGCAAGAAGUAUGUGAUAUACUUUCUCAACAUAACCUUGAUGUUUCUAACAUUCGUGGUCAAGGAUAUGAUGGUUCUAGCAAUAUGAGAGGAGAAUGGAAUGGUUUACAAGCAUUAUUUAUGAAGGAUUGUCCUUAUACCUAUUAUGUUCAUUGUUUUGCUCAUCGAUUGCAACUUGCCUUGGUUACUGCAACAAGAGAAGUUAAACCAAUUCAUCAAUUCUUUGAUAAGAUAACUCUUAUUGUGAAUGUUGUUUGUUCUUCUACAAAGCGCCAUGAUGAGUUACAAGCUUCUCAAUUAGAGGAAAUUGAACAUUUGCUAGAGAUUGGUGAGAUUGUAACUGGUAAAGGUGAAAAUCAAAUUGGUACUUUGAGACGUGUUGGGAAUACUCGUUGGGGAUCACACUACUCUUCUAUUUCUAGCUUGAUAAAUAUGUAUGAAGCAACUUGUACUGUUUCUAAAAAAUUUGCAAAGGAAGGAUUAAAUUAUGCUUCACAUGGAGAUGCUGAUAGUGCUUAUAAUCACUUGAAGUCAUUUGAUUUUAUAUUCAUAUUGCAUCUGAUGAAAGAGAUCAUGAGUGUCACAAAUAUGCUCUGUCAAGCCUUACAACAACAAUCCCAGGAUGUAGUUAAUGCUAUGCAUUUGGUUUGUACAACAAAAACUCUUAUUCAAGAAUUGAGAGAAGAUGGUUGGGAUAAAUUGUUUACUUGUGUGAAGUCUUUUUGUGAAAAGCAUAAUAUUGAGAUUCUUGAUCUUGAUGAUGUUCAUUCAACAACAAGAUUUGGGUGUUCUCGUCUUGAAGAGAAUCAGGUAACCAUUGAGCAUUAUUUUAGAAUUGAAAUAUUUUUGACUACCAUUGACAAACAACUACAAGAGUUGAAUGGCAGAUUUAGUGAGCAAGCCAUUGAUUUGUUAACUCUAAGUUGUGCUUUAUCUCCCAAGGAUAACUAUAAGGCUUUUAACUUUGAUACUAUUUGCACUCUAGUUGAAAAAUAUUAUCCUAUGGACUUUAAUGAGCAAGAGAGAAUUAAUUUGCAAUUUCAACUUCGACAUUUUAUUAUUGACGCUCGUCAAGCAACGAGUUUGAAGAAUUUAUCAACUAUUCAAGACUUGUGUUCCUCUUUGGUUGCAACUAGAAAGAAUGAAAUUUAUUAUUUGAUUGAUAGAUUGCUCCGCCUUGUCAUGACUCUUCCUGUAUCUACGGCCACUACUGAAAGAUCUUUUUCGGCAAUGAAAAUUAUUAAGACAAGAUUGAGAAGUAAAAUGGAAGCUGAUUUUUUAGGAGAUAGCAUGAUGAUUCACAUUGAAAGAGAAAUUGCUGCAAACAUUGAUUCUGAGACUAUUAUUGAUGAUUUCAAGCUACUCAAAGACCGUAGAGCAUUGUUAUAA